AUGAAUGAGGCGGCUUCUGUUGUCAGCACAGAAGGUCCUAAGGAAACCUGCAAUGGUGAGAUCUUCCUGAUGUGUGUACUAGGGAAGUAUGCAAAAUCUGAUGAUAUGGAUGAUUUAUCAGACUUCAUUGAGUGCGAGCAGGGAAAGAAUCAGUCCAGCUGGUUGAGGGAGCGACAAAGAUUUAGAAUAUGGAAGUACAAGAAAACGAUAAUUUCGAAGGUGGAAGAAAAAGAAAAUGUCUUGGAAUCAUCUAAAAGGGUUGUAAAUCAAGAUGUUGCUGAGUACACUUAUGAUGCAGAUGCAGGUUCUUACCGGCAUAGUUAA